AUGGACUUAGCUUCCAAGAAGAACACAACUAAUGACACCACCAAGGAGAUAGACCCUACCUUGAAACCCAAGUCACCUCACGCUACAUUUUCCCUCAAACUAGGAGACAAUGUCCCUAGAAACCCUCAUUUUGAUCUCAAAAAGAUGGAUCCUCUCGUCAGACAUCAACCCACAAAGUCUCCUGAACCUCCCACCGUAUCCAAAGGAGGAACCAACGAGGGCGAUUCAAAGCAUACCGAUAAUGAUACCUUAGGAAUGAAGAAGAAUCUUCACUAUGAUCCCAAAAAGAUUGUUCCAUUAACCACACCUGAAACACCCUCACCAAGCUCCAGAGCUCAUCCUCAACGUAGAACAAAAUCUCCAGACAGCAAGAGAGCUCCCAGACACAAUGCUGAAUCUGCCUACGGUGAUAGCCCUUCACCUGCACCUUUCAAGCCUCACACGGGAGGUGACGUGAGAUGGGACGCUAUUAACUCGGUUACUUCAAGAGGUCCUCAAAUAGGUUUAGACAGCUUCAGGCUUCUGAAACGUCUAGGGUAUGGGGACAUAGGCAGCGUUUAUCUCGCUGACUUGCAAGGGACAAGUGCGGUUUUUGCGAUAAAGGUGAUGGAUAAGGCCUCGUUGGCUAGUAGAAACAAGUUGCCGAGGGCUCAGACGGAAAGAGAGAUCCUAUCUUUGCUUGACCAUCCUUUCUUGCCAACGCUUUAUUCUUAUUUUGAGACAGAGAAGCUUUACUGUUUGGUCAUGGAGUUCUGCAGCGGAGGAAAUCUACAUUCUCUUAGGCAGAAACAGCCUAACAGGCGUUUCACUGAAGAAGCCGCGAGGUUCUACGCAUCCGAAGUCUUACUUGCAUUAGAAUAUCUACACAUGUUGGGGGUUGUAUACAGAGACUUGAAGCCAGAGAACAUUCUAGUCCGUGACGAAGGCCACAUUAUGCUUUCAGACUUUGAUCUUUCCCUCCGUUGCACUUUCAACCCCACCCUAGUCAAAUCCUCCUCCGUCUGUAGCGGUGGAGCUGCUAUACUCAACGAGGAGUUCGCCGUCAACGGCUGCAUGCACCCCUCAGCCUUCCUCCCACGUCUCCUCCCUUCCAAAAAAACCCGAAAAGCCAAAUCAGACUCGGGCCUUAACGGCCUCUCCAUGCCAGAGCUCAUGGCAGAGCCAACGGACGUAAGGUCAAUGUCCUUUGUAGGCACACACGAGUACUUAGCUCCAGAGAUCAUACGUGGAGAAGGACAUGGAAGUGCUGUAGACUGGUGGACGUUUGGUAUCUUCCUCUACGAGCUCUUACACGGAACAACACCUUUCAAAGGACCAGGGAAUAGAGACACACUCCACAACGUUGUUGGUCGGCCCUUGAAGUUCCCAGACCUCCCUCACGUGAGCUCAGCAGCACGUGACCUCAUACGGGGGCUUCUAGUGAAGGAUCCUCAUAGGAGAAUCGCUUAUACACGUGGCGCUACGGAGAUAAAACAACACCCUUUCUUUGAAGGUGUGAAUUGGGCUCUGGUGCGUAGCGCUGCACCGCCUCAUAUUCCUGACCCUGUUGACUUGGGACCGUUGACUGCUGCUAGAGGGAAGGGUAAGGGACAUGGAGGUAGUGAUCAUUAUAAUAACUCAAUGAAGCCUGAUGCUCCGGUGGCUUGUGCAGCUGGUCCUGCGACUCCUACUGAUGAUACUGCUUAUGUAGACUUUGAGUACUUUUAG